UGGUGCAACAUACUUGCAUUGCAGGAAACAAGGCAUUUUCCUUUAGUACUGAAGAGUUUUGGAGUUGAUUUAUAUGUGCAUCAGACGUGCUCUGUUUGUAGAUAUUCUUUGCGAUGGGCCGAGUACGCCUGGGUUGCUGCAAUUGUGUCCUCGUGGGAUGGCACGAAUUUUUGUGUGUGGGUGCUACUUGGUAAUGCGAUUGUGCGGAACUGCCUGCUACUUCACCGUAAACAGGUCACGGCAACGGAGGAGCCACCGACAACGCGAACAAGUCAAGCUGAAAGAAGUCCCGCACCAGUGGAUCCAGGGCGAGGUGAGGUCGCUGCAGAAACAGGUUGACGCACGCCGAUUCGAGACGUUCGCGUCGAUCGCUCAACGCGGACUCUUGUGUCAGGCGAAACCAAGUUUUCGGUGGCAGUUCCCAUACAAUAUCCUUGAGCUGAAGUGCGCUCGAGAACGCGUCAAACUCGGAGUAUCGCUUCUUGACAGUGAACGUGUGAUGGGGUGUUUCCAGAACAACAGCAUAAACGACAUGUUGCGCUCCGGAUUCGUUGGUAGACUCGUGGAACGACGGGAUGGAGAGGGAAAACGUCGCGUUUGACGCUAUGUCGUCCUUUGUCCACGUUGAUUUUUGGGCAAACCUUGCGCACACCUCCACAGGUCGUGGGAUCAAAAUGAGGUCGUUAUCGUCUUCAUCAUCAUCAUCUUCGUCUGUUUUGUCGUGGUCUUCCAAGGGUUGCUCCGUGGUAGUGUGCUUUGCCUUGACAAUCGGUUGCAACGUUCGAUUGACGACCGUGAUAGACGGUACGACGGGGGUCACGUCGAGCUUGGACGCCGCCUCCUUCUGCUGCUGCUCGAGGGCUUGCAACUUCUUGCUCUUCUUCUGCGCCCCUCGUGCGCGCUUGCUGCUCAUAAUCUGCCUUGAUGCACCGGUGCGCGACGCCAUCUCGAACGACCUUGCCGGACACGCGAUCGAGA